GGUCGGCUUUCGGCACCACUUCACCCCCACCUCCCUGAGCAACAUGGCUGCCAACGACCCGCUGAUGGACGACGACCUUGUCGAUUACGAGGACGAUGCCGUGCUCAAUGAGGUUGCGCCUGCUGCCGACGAGGAGUCGAACAAGGCCGGUGACUAUGUGGGCAUCCACUCGUCUGGCUUCCGCGACCUCCUGCUCAAGCCCGAGCUCAUCCAUGCCAUUGUGGACUGCGGUUUCGAGGCGCCGUCCGAGGUGCAGCACCAGUGCAUUCCGCAGGCGAUCCUCGGCUCGGACGUGAUCUGCCAGGCCAAGUCGGGCAUGGGCAAGACGGCAGUGUUUGUCAUUGCGUCGCUCCAGCAGCUCGAGCCGGUCGAUGGCGAGACGCACGUGAUUGUGCUCUGCCACGCGCGUGAGCUUGCCUUCCAGAUUGCGCACGAGUACGAGCGGUUCUCCAAGUACAUGCCUGCGGUCAAGACGGCUGUGUUCUACGGCGGCGUGCCGAUCAAGACGCACCGCGACCAGCUCAAGAACGAGUACCCGCAUGUGGUUGUGGGCACGCCCGGGCGCACGCUCCAGCUUGUUCGCGAGAACGCGCUCAAGCUCGCCAACGUCCGCCACUUUAUUGUGGACGAGUGCGACCGCGUGCUCGAGUCGCUCGACAUGCGCCGCGACAUCCAGGAGAUCUUCCGUGCCACGCCGCACGACAAGCAGGUCAUGAUGUUCUCGGCGACGCUCGACGAGGAGAUGUCGGCCAUCUGCGAGAAGUUCAUGAACGACCCGAUGAAGAUCCUCAUCAACUCGUCCAAGCUCACGCUCCACGGCCUCCAGCAGCACUACAUCAAGCUUGCCGAGGAGGAGAAGAACCGCAAGCUCAACAACCUGCUCGACGCGCUCCAGUUCAACCAGGUCGUCAUCUUUGUCAACAAGGUCUCGCGCGCCAAGGCCCUCAACAAGCUCCUGGUCGAGUACUCGUUCCCGUCGAUCUGCAUCCACUCGGCACUCCGCCAGGACGAGCGCAUUGCCCGCUACAAGUCGUUCAAGGACUUUAACCACCGCAUCCUCGUCGCCACCGACCUCUUUGGCCGCGGCAUCGACAUCGAGCGCGUCAACAUCGUCAUCAACUACGACAUGCCCACCGACCACAUGCAGUACCUGCACCGUGUCGGCCGCGCCGGCCGCUUCGGCACCAAGGGUCUCGCCAUCUCGUUUGUCACCGGCAACGCCGAGGACGCCGACAUCCUCGAGAAGGUCCAGUCGCACUUUGAGGUCAACAUCACCGAGCUGCCCGACGUUGUCGACUCGGCCUCGUACAUGAACAACUAAGCUUGGUUAAGCUUUGUGCUUUGCAGUAACACGCAGCCCCACUCUCGU